AAGGCCACUCCUGAAGAACCCCAGAACUAACGGCAUGAUGAGCAGCAACAUUGACCUUAUAAAACCGGGCAAACGUACAUGGAGAAGCCCAGGUAGCGGCAGUGCAGAUAUCUGCCAAGGAAACUCCUCUAAAAACAGCCCAUGAAGAUGAGAUGGCCCUAGUGGAAUGGCAGGUUAGUCCCCAGGGCAAUGGUCUCCCUGCUGCCUUGCAAGCCAGCUUAAUGGCCUCCACUAUCCAGUUUGACAACCUCUGCUUUGACACUGGUGCACCUUUCUUCACACUACCAUUGCAGACAAAUAACUGGUCUGACUGUCUAAAUUGAGCAGUAGAGUUCACAUAACACUUCAAGGCAUAAACAGGACACAGAAGUUGGGCACUUGAGUCAGACCCUGAAGAAGUCUGAAAAGAGGCCAGUUCAUUGUGCUGGUUUAUGAACUGAGGAAGAAGGGCUUUUGAAGAAAACAAGGAUUGGGUCGAAGGACCACCCUGGAGUCAUCUGGCAACUAACGCAAGCACAAUUCACUAACAGACAGUGUGUGCGACUCACUGACUCAUUUCACAGAAGAAAUAGCCAACAAAAAAGCAGUCUUCAAGGACAUCCAUUUAAUGUCAAUGCUUUGCAAGAUCUUCAACUGGGAUGAGCAAAGGAAUGCAAGCAGGAGUGGCAAAUCCCACACAGGAAAGUAAGGGUUCAGACGGCAUGCACCCUUCAUAACCGCAGGGUCACAAUGCCCCAGAGAAGGAUUUGACCCAAUGGCCAGACCCAAAGCUCCAGGUGCCAGAUGCUGGCCUCCAUCUGGGAGAGGAGGUCCUUCCUGAAGCUUCCAUGGAUUGCCUGUCAGAAGUCUCAGCAACAAAAGAAACCAUGGUCUGGCUGGCCAUCGUGGUGCCACGAGUAGCACUGUGUAACAUCUCCCAUAACAGAGGGAUAGGUGGGAAACGCAUAUAGUAGGCAGUUCGGCCAUUCUUAAGAGUGCAUCCUGGCCCAAGGGACUGGACACUUCCGUCCUUGCAAACCAUAAGUAACAGUGAGUGUUCAUCUCUGAAGCAAAAAGAUCCACCUCUGCUCUUCUAAAUCAUAGCCAAAUCUCAUGCACUACAUCUGGAUGAAGCCUCCAUUCUACUGUGUUGUUCCUCCAGUACUCCAGCUGUUCUAUAGAAAAUCUGUAUGACCACAUUGAGCACUGGGACAUUGCACAUUCCCUCGUAGAGCCUUGUCAGGAGACACCACCAAAGCUGCAAAAGGCUGCUCUAUUUCCAGAGCACGACUAAACCCAAUGCUUCAGCCAUAGAUGCUAGCGUCCAAGCAAUCUUUGAACGCCGCUUAGGCGGAUCAGAACCAGUGAGGGCAUUUGAAAAUUCAGACACAAAAUCUUUACAUGGUGGCAUGGCAAAAGAAGCCACAGCUGUGGCCUGUCUGAAGAAAAAAAAAAAAAAAAAAAAAAAAAAAAACAUUUGUUUGGGCAGAUCGGACAGGUUACUCAUCAAGUCUGAGAUGAGCAAUUGCCAUUCGAAGUACAGCCAAAGUAUCAUUGGAGGAGGACUGGGCCUGUCCAGACGACUGAACUUAUCCCCCACUAGACAUCUCUGCUACUGGAUAACCAGUGAAAACAUCCUGAGGUGAUGGUUUUGCAACAACAUCUACAGCAUCCCCAUGAUCGCAAAAAAAGAAUCUGAAGCACUCGUAGAAGGCACAUCCAUAUCAGAGUGAUGUGAAAAACAAGAGGAAUCAAGAGACUCUUCCCCAGCUCCCUGAUUCUGAACAUUCUCAUCCUCCUGUGUCAUCUUCACAGGUGUAGCAGAUGUGACAGGCUAAAGCGAGUGAAGCAGGCAUUUCAGCUCCGCCAUCUCUGAAGAAAGCACAGAAAACGUCUUAGAAAGUGAAUUUUCCUCAACACGCGAAUGUUCUUCACUUUGCAAUGUGGCCCUCUUCUUAGAUUGAAGGGGAGCACUGGCUGCCGCAGACAUUGAAUUAGGGUGUAACUCAGCAAGACGGAGUUGUCGUUGCGUGUCAUUCCGACAAAGAUAAAAGGCUGCAGUGCAGACAUGGAUCCGUGAGAGCCUCUCUCAGAUGUUGAACACCCAAACACGACGGGCAGAUGUCAUGACCGUCGUCCGGGAAAAGAUUAUUAGGGCACAACUUACAAGUCAGUGGAAAACCACUGGCAAUCGAACUGUGAGCCAUAGUUACUCGCUAAUGAUAGGCUUGGCUAGCACCGUAAGGUUUAAAGUUAAGCGGGAUGAUGGUAAUGAAGUAACGAAGACAGGCAGGAAAAAUAAUACAAAAUUAUACGAUUCCCUCGGGUGAACCGACAGGUAAUGCUAACAAGUAUCUCACAAAAAAGAGAAAACAAAUCUAAAAUGGCCAACGGAUUGAACCGGGGGGCACAGAGUAUAACAUAAAUUCGAGGAAAAACACUAAGAACAUCUGAAUAGAUGAUUAAGUCAACGGGAGACCAUUAACUUAUUGGCGCGGAAAAACACCAGCCACCGGAUUACACCGAGAGACACAGAGUGUUACAGACAAAAGCAAUAUAAACUCAAAUAGAAAAUCAAAACUCACCAAAAUUCUGCUAAAAUAGUCCAAAUCUGUUGAAGUGGCCGUCUGGUCUGAUCACACAGAAGAGCUACUGUAGCACAGAUUUCUUAAAACGCAAUGCUGCCCAUGAUAGAAAGGUGUCAGAACACACAGUACAUCCCAGUUUGCCACGUAUGCACAGACUAGAGUGCCAAUGAUGACCCCUGUCCACCACUGAAAGCACCUACAACGGGCACAUGAGCAUCAGAACUGAACCAUAGAGCAAUGGAAGAAGGUCACCUGGUCUGAUUAAUUAAUGUUUUCUUUUAGAUCGGGUGGAUGGACGGGUGUGUGUGCAUCAUAUACCUGUGGAAGAGAUGGCAUGUGGAAGGAUGCACUAUGGCGGUGGUUCCCAACCUGGGGUAUGCAUACCCCUGGAGGUGACAGAGGGGGUACUCAAACAAAAUGACGCACAGACCUCUAAGAGAUCUUCACCAUGCAAACAAGAACGUUGCUCCUGACUCUCACCCUGACACUAGGGUUCAGCCUGAUGGCAACUGGAGAACCGCUCCACGCUCAGUGCAGAGUCAUAUGGCUCUUUGGGAUCCCAUGCCAGGACGUUUUUGUGAGUCUGGUGAACCAAAUCAAGGCCUGGAGGGGCAUGUCUGGAUGUAUGACUGUUGGACAGAGAUGCCUGUAUGAGCUGGUUUCAGCCACACCUUUCCACAUCGUAGCUAAACAUACCUCCAGACAGUGGACCAGCAAGCAGGACCUGAGCUUUCACCUUGUGGCAACCGAAGAAUCUGUCUGUAGAGUGACGGGAUAUUCCAUCUCAAAAGCAUGGGCCAAGCUGGAAGACAACGGCACAACCUACUGCACCCUCUACAAUCUCGUUGAGGGCAGCGGGCUGGUGGAUGCUGAGGGCUAUAAGGAGUACACAAAUGAAUGGAUUUGUCUGGAGUACUCGACUGCCAACUGCACCAUCUACUGAUGAGAUCUGUUGGUCUUUGAUAUGAUUUAAUACACUGACAAAGACCACGAAACAUUUAUGAAUUGCUCUUUAUUCUCUAAGUGUAGCUUUUAGUAUUUUUGCAAUCUCACAUACAGUUAUAUAGCUAUUCACUGUUACUAAUGCUUGACAAGAUUACAAUGUUUGAAAGCAAAAUGCAUUAUUGUUUUAAAGGCAAAUAAACCAUAAAAACAGGUUUGUUUUUAAAGCAUUGUUUUGUUUGAUUUUUUUCCAUUGUCAUUGUAAUUUUACUUGAUAAUUUACAACAUGAUCAUAAGGUGCAUCGGGUUCAGGAAACGUGUCUCUCCACUAAAAUAUCCAAAACCAUGCUUUCAGUAUAGGAGGCAGGUUUAUAAGAGACUUGCAGGUUGGCUUUUGAUUUGGCCAGUAAACAACCACCUAGCAACCCACAAGUUACCACCCACAACAAUGUAAAAAAAAAAAAAAAAAAAACGAAAAUGAAUAAAAGAAAAAUCUCGUUA